AUGGACAUGGCAAAGCAUGCGGAUAACCGACAUUCCAGGCGAGAAAACACCAUCGGUGUUGUACAAAGGUUCCUGUGUUGCUCCUGCUUCCAAACGGGUGAGAACGACCGCUUGGAGUACAAUCAGGAAAAGCCACAGAAUCCCAAGGCUGUUGUGGAUGAAGAGAACGUCCAUAUCGUUGUUGAAGAUUUGGGAAUAGACAACCCUGGAUUUAGCCUUUCUGAAGUUGAGCACUGCGGUCCACCUCACCAGAUCACCAUGGGCCGUUCUGCUAGUUCUGUGUCCAUGUGCCAAAGAGCAGCUCUGAAGAAGAAGCUCGCACCACUUUCCUCUUUACCGCUUCAGUCUAGAGCGAUCCAGAACAGUGAGGACGACUCUACUGUUGACUCUCUUCUGUACAGUUCUGGCAGCACUAAUGUUGGAGAUGGUGGUCUUCUCACUCCACCAGUCAUUAACCUCAUACCUCCGACACCUUCCGACGUAAUAGAUGAUGACCAGUUCUUUGACAUAAACUCAGAAGAAGAGAGUCUACAGCAAACGUCAGGAAGCGAAGGAGUGGACAGUAUUGGCAGUGCUGCUAUGGGAGAGCAAGAGAGCGAGGAAGAUGUAGACCAAGACUUGGAGUCUGAAGGUAAUCAUAAGACCAAAGAUGAAGAACAUCCACAGGUGGAGCCUCCAGAGGAAGAAACGGCCAAGAAGAAGAGCAUAGACAAGUCUACAAUCCACUUCCUGCGUAGCACCUUUCAUGUACCCCCUCUUCCUGAAUACCCACGAAAAAGAAGCUUCAAUACUGGAAUCAGUUUGCUGCAGUUCACUGAACAUAAUCUGGAUGACCUGAGCAACAAGGAUGCCUGCAGCCAUGAGUUGCUAAAGGAAGAGUUGAGGCUACUACCGCUGAGCAGUAAGAUAAGCAUGUUAACACACCAAAAGCUUAACCAGUACCAAGCUUUGCUGGUGAAUAGGAUUCCUAAGAUGGUCCACCAGCUAGACCUGUUAUUUUUCCUCUUCCCAGCAUCGUACAUUCCUCAGUCCAAGGACCAUACUGGAAAAAGUGUAGUGAAGUGGGAUUCUAAUGGGUACAGAGCCAAAACUUUAGCAGAGCUGAACACAGAGGAGGUUUGCCAGUGGUUUAAUAAUAUUGGUCUUCAGAAAUGCCUGCCCUUCAUUCGAGAGGCAGAGUUCAGUGGAUCUCACAUCGCUUCUAUUGAUCUCAACACCCUCGAAAUCCUUCAAGUGUCCAGUCUGGAGGAGAGAGAGAGGCUGCUGUCUGCCAUUUACCAUGAAUUACACCCGCCAAACUCCACCACCCAAAGACUCGACUCCCUCCUUGAAAGAUUUGGUCCACACAAUGUUGAGAAAUUCACAGCAGCUUUGGUUUCCAUGACCAAGUCAAAAUCUUCUCCUCAAGUUGGCAGCAUCAACAUGAACCGAUGUUCAUUCAAAUUCAGACCGAAAGAACAAAAUGCAAGAUUUCACAAGAACUCGCAUCUUAUUGAAAUCACAGUCAAUGCCUCAGAUCGAACAGUUCAUUUAAGGACACCCAAAGAGACAAGUGUGGGAAAAGUGGUGGAGUCCUGUCUGAGGAUGCUGGGAAUUAAUGAAGAAAAAGAUCACUUCAACCUGAAAAGCAGUGAAGAUGAGUUCUCCCUUGAGCAGCAGAUUGGAGAUUUGCCUGGCUCAGAGACGAGACUAAUGGAGCUUCACUUGUAUAGGAAGGAAACACAGAAAGCGGGUCCUUAUUCAUCAGAUAACAACAUUAUUUGUACCACUGACAAUAUUCAGAGAAAAAAUCUGCUAAACAACACUGGGAAGAUUCAAGAGUUAAAUCAACAGAUGGCCUCCCUUCAAAACGUCAUCAUCCAAGUUCAGGAGCUUUACCAUGGUCUGGUAGCCUUCUGUUCAGAGCUGAAGAAGAUGGAGGGGGAGAUGGUUGCAGUGCAAACAGACAGCUUUGAAGUGAAGAGGCUUCUCAGUGAGACCCAGGACAAUCUGCAGAGGAAAAGACAGAGCCUUCAAACACUCAGGGACAAUCUUAACACUGCACCAGUGCAGAAGAAUAAGCCAUCAGAGGUCCGACUUCUGGAGAAGAUGAGGCUAAACUGCCAGGUGUUUAAAGACGAGAUCACACUAGUCCACCUCAAUCGACAGGUGGCUCACCUACGUGAAGUUCUGGAGAAGAUGCAGGCCAAGGAGAAAGCCGAGAGGAAGAGCCCUACUCUGACUCAGCUGGUCUCUUUGCAGUCUCCUGUCAUGCUGGUGGCCACCCAAGUGAAAGCAGACCCAGACGGUCAUUACGGUUUCUCUGCGCACUGGGUAGAGGGCCAGGGUCUGAUGGUGGUACAUACUGGGGGUGCUAAUCUCUGCCUGAAUGACAGGCUGGUGGAGGUUAACGGAUUGAACGUCUUGGGGAGCAGUGAGGAUGAGUUGGAGUCGAUGCUUAAGACACACACUGACCACACAGAGAGAUAG